AUGUCUGCUGCAUUUCUGCCCGUGCUUCCCCAGGACGAUGUUGCGCGGGCCGCCCAGCUCAUCCAGCAGACGUACGCCCCACAAACGCAUCCUUCUUCGGACGACCAGCGAAGGCUGCAACAAGAACUGUAUGACAUACAACGACGUCCGGAGGCUUGGGGUCUUGUCCUCCCGUUUCUCAGCAAUCCCGACCCAAAUGUCCAGUUCUUCGGCGCACACACCCUUCAGGUCAAGAUCGCCCGGGACUGGGAUAGCGUGCCCGAAGAUGCAGCUGAACAACUUCAGGAUAUGGUGCUGCAGCUGACGGGCCGGGCGGUGACAAGUGGGCAGAAUAAAGUAAUCCUCCGUAAACUCUUCGUUGCAAUUACUACCCUUGCAAUGAAACUCCAUCCCCGCCACCCAUCCCGCUGGCCAGACUGGCUGCGUGAAUCAGUCGCAAAGCUGUCGUCCAUGGGCGUGUCUCGCGAACCCAUGCUCGACUUCCUUGCGAUUGUGUCAGAGGAGAUUUCCUCGGCAGAUCUGCUUCCCCCCACCAAGUCACAGAUGCAAACAACACUGAACGAGGCCGCGCCCAUGGUCGUGGAAGCCAUCAGCGGCUGCAUCUCGCAGCCGCCAGCACAUCGCUCGGCCAGCGAGCUCAACUCGGCCCUCAAAUGCCUGCAAGCGUGGAUGCAAGUGCUGCCAGCCAACCAGAUCACACCACUCAUCCCCCAGCUCCUCGGUCUGAUGGUCCCCACGGUGGAAUCACCCCCGGACUACGACGAGGCGACGUUCGUCGGAGCCUCCGAUGCCCUCCAAGAGGUCCUCUCGAGCUCCGCGCUCGCCGACGGCAUGGGCCCCAAAACUCUCACCGAGCCCCUGCUGCUCUGGCUGGACCGCUACGGCGGUGCGAUCGUCCAAGCGACCGUCGAUGGCGGCUUCGUCGACGGCGUCUCGCACAACCUGUGCAAGCUCCUCGUCGCGCUCGGGGACCACUCCGCGAUGUACUUUGCGACGAACAUCGCUGCGCCCGCGCGCGUAUCGCAUCUCGUCCAAACGUUCCUGCGGCUGCUACUCGCGUACACGGCCCUCCCGGGUUUCUAUGGCGCGGACGAGGAGGAGAGCGAGAUGACGCUCGGGUUUUGGUACCUGUUCCAGGAGGCGCUGUGGAACUCGGAUUACGGGUUCGAUGUCGCCGAGGACGGGGACGCAGGAAACGAGGGCGAGGAGCGCGAGCGGGACAUGAUGCCGGUCGCGAAGGCGGUGUACACGGAGCUUGUCUCGGUGUUGCGGAGGAAGGUGGUGUGGCCGACGAAGGCGACCCUGGCGACGUGGACGAGAGACCAGCGGGACAAGUACCAAUCAUAUCGUCGAGAAGUGGGGGACACGCUUAUCAACGCGUACUAUGUGCUCAAAGACGACAUGCUUGCGUUCUACGUCAACGAUGUGAUGCAGCGGCUUGCCACGCAGCGAGAGCAGGAUGGCUGGGAGGAAAUCGAAGGGACGUUGCACUGCGUGAUGGCAGUUCAGGAGGCCGUUCCCGUCGAGGACUCACCACAUCUGCGUCAUCUCUUUGGCCCGGACGUACUCAGUCGCCUCCCAAAGGCCGGCGACGAGCGUGUCCGACGCACGGCGCUGCACUUCAUCGGCAGCUUCGCCUCCUGGUUUACCACGCAGCCCUCGCAAGUCCCCGGCUCACCGACCGCGUCCCCCUUGAUGAACGCGAUCACCUACGUCGUCUCCGCGCUCCCCGACCCCACCCUCUGCCUGUUCGCGGCGAACGCCCUGCGCGACCUCUGCGACGCAAAUCGCACCGCGCUCGCGCCACACAUCAGCGCCUUCGGCGAGCUACACGCGGGCCUGACCGGGAUCCCGGACUCCGAGAAGGCAAAGGUGCUGCAGUCCAUCGCGAGCGUCAUCCAGGCGCUGCCGCCGGCGGAGGAGAUUCCCCCGGUAGAGGCGAUCGUCGGCCCGGUUGUCGCGAAGCUCUUCGACGCGCUGCAGGGCGCGGCGGGACUCCCGGACGACGCGCGGCAGCUCGCAGUGCAGCAGCUCGAGACGCUGACAGGCGUCGCGCGGGGCCUGACGCGCGUCACGGACUCGCUGCUUGCGCUCGACGAGUCUCCGGACGUGCAGGCGGCGAUGCAGGAGAUGGCGGCGGCGCGGGAGGACCCCAGGGUGCUGAAGUUGCGAGAGGCGAUCUUGGAGGGCGUCAGACGGUUGGUGGACAUGUGGUCGACGGACGCCACCGUCAGCGAUGCGUUGAGCGACUUGUUCAAAGCCAUUACGGCGCUCCCGUCUGACGUGACGUUGAUCUCGCUCCCGGCCCCGCCGUUGCUCGAGCUCGUUUGCGUCGCGGCGCAGAAGCAGCUGACUGCUGUCUGGCUGACGCUGACGACGAUGCUGAUCAUUCAGCUCAAUCCGCCCUCGUUGCUCCCAGCGACCUUCAAGCAAGAGCCCACUCCAGAGGCUCAAGAAGUUGCGCGGAAUGUGCUGUCGGUGCUCCUGCAGACAGUGCUGACGGUGUUCUCACAAGACGGCGUCAUGGCCUCGAACCCAGACAUCGUGCAGGCGUUCUUCGGCUGCAUGGACUCCUUCGUUCACCACUUCCUCCACAAUUUCUACCGCCUCCCACCCGACCUAUUCAACGCGCUCAUCCAGUGCGCCACGAGCGCGCUCGCACUACAAGAGCGCUAUUCCCUGGCAUCCACGUGCACCUUCCUCGCGGCAAUUAUCAACCGAACCUGCAUCACCGACGACCUCGGGGCCGGGAAGACGGCGUUCGCGCAGACGCAUGGCGCUGCGAUCAUGCGUGCGGUGCUCUUCGGCUUCGCAGGCGUCGCGCCGCGGUCGGUCAUGCAAAACCUGAUCGAGCUGCUGUCGACGAUGAUCACGCGGUACCCGCUCGAGAGCAAGCAGUGGAUCACAGCCAUUCUCUUCGCGGACGACUUUUACCCCUGCCGCGCAACCACUGAGGCGAAAAACAAGUUCAUCAAGACCGUCUUUGGCACUCGUUCGAUCAAGCGCACACGAGACGCAGCCCAGCAGUUCACGCUGAUCGCGCGCGGCCUGGAGGGCUCGAACUUUGGAUAUGCCACCGCGACCUAG